AUGACUCCAAAUGCAUUUUCAAUUGCAUCUCCGAAAUGGAAAGUGACACAUUAUGCAAUACUUGUACUAUUUAUCGCAGUUAUCGCAGUCACUACUGUUCUAAUCCUCGCGUUCACAACUGACAUUUUCCACCACGGUUCGUCUUCAAAGGAGGAAACGGGAGAAACUCAACAAACCGAUAAAGAUGAUAGCCAGCAGCAGAGGGAUGAAGAGAAAAUUGAACCCAAACCAGGGAACUCACCAGUCCAGAUCGGGCCCUCAUCUUCGUCAUGGGCUCAACUUCAAAUCUCGACUACUGUAUUUGAUUCAAUGCCCUACGGUGGAUUCAGAGUCAAAAUUUACGAACAAAAGAAUAAUGAAAACACAACAACGACCAAUGCAAUCGACAAAAAAUAUUUCUACAUGCCCAUCACCAUUCUGAACCAUCAAAGUGCCGUCUCUUCCAUCAACAAUUCCACCAAACAGCCCGAGGUCAAUUUCCGCAUCGAAAUGUGGAAUAAUGAGGUCCAGAGCCAAGUCGUCAAUUAUUUGAAGGAAUCUCUCAGUCAACCAAUCAAAGCCAAUCAAGUACAAGUCAUCCCUUUAGAGAAUGUUGCUCUGGUCAGCACGAAAUCUUCAACCGUCUUCUCGCUGCCAACCGAUUGGCUGUUGUAUCAACAGCACCAGUCGGUCAAAUUUACUCUGUCAUGUUUCGUCAAGAAAGAUUGUGACCAAAUAGCGGCGGAUAUGCGCAGCAAUCCCCAACAAUUCGAUCAAUUCAAAUUGCUUUUCAGUUUGUCUUCGCAGAGUACGCAGACCAGACAGACGGUCAUCCGCAUCGACAACAUCGUCAAAGGACAAAUGAUGACGCAACUCAUGCAGAAAUUCAAUGAAAGCACCAAAGACGCUCUGCUAACGGCCAGCGACGAGAAGAAACUCUUGACGGAAUCGACGACCAACGUCUUGAUCGACACGUUCGACGACUCGGACGUCGUUUCCCAAAAUUCAGAGUCGCAUGUUUACAACAUGUUGGAGAGUUUACUCGUCUCAUCAAGGACGAUCAUCAGGGAUCAAAGCGAUAAAAUGUGGGAUUCGGUAUUUUGGAACGAGGACAACUAUCGACCGGACAAAACAACAAAAACUCUGAACGACAUUUACAAUAAAUUGGAGAACCAAGACCAGAAAAAGUUCAUCAACUCAUUCCAAAAUACAGACAAAAAUGGUUUUAGCAUAGGAGGAGGUAUCGAGACGAUUGGAACGUUCGAAACAAAAUUCGAAAAUGAAAUUUCUCGUCACGGCUCGACAACGAAAGAAGCCAUAAACAAACUUUUGAAGGAAAGCAAAGAUAAUGCACAGUGGGACGGAGAGAAAUUUGUUCCCAAACCUUUGCAGCUCAGCAAAAUCAACUUAGCGAACCUACGGGACACCCAAUCCUUUAAGGAUCGCAGAGUGAGCGUCAAAUACUCGACUGCCGUCCUGUCAACUCCUAUAAAUUUUCAACAAAAUUCCAACUUGAUAUUCACUGACGAAUGGCAAAAUCUCAAGAAUGAAUUGAAAGAGAUAAAGAGUAACUCGGAAAAUUUGAAAAAAGAACUUAACAUCGCUACUAAAUAUGCGAAUGUCACGUUUGCAAAGAUCAACAGAGAAUCGGAGAAUUUGAAAAAGGAACUGAACGAUUUCCAGAAAACGAUCGGCUACGUCGAUGUGAAAUCGUCCCCGGUUUACUUCCACGCCAAUAGACACGUGAACUUUGAUGAAGUCAACGCAGUCAUUCCAUUUCCUGAGUUAAGACUAAAUGUGGGCAAUGCCAUGAGCACCAACGGAGUUUUUGAAGCUCCCGAACCGGGCAUAUAUUUCUUUUCUUUUUCGGGACUAAGUAAUUACAGAAGUUUAGGACGAGUUGAUUUACAAAUGUUGAAUACGAGCGGUUGGUCAAAAAUCGGACAAGCCUACGGUGAACCAAAUUACGAAACUUUGACCGUCAAGUCCAUCAUACACCUGAAUAAAGGCGACCAAAUUAGAUUAAUGUUGAGAGAAGGAGUAAUUCACGAAGGCCAAAACGUAGAUGGCCCAUUUACACAUUUUGUUGGCUGGUUAAUAGAGGAAGACAUCUUUUAA